AUACCGGACUCACCGUUCAUCCUCACAUAUUGCAGCAUUUCGGUGGGACGUUCACUCGGUGCGUCCUGUGCUACAAACCGAACACCCCUCUCCGGAGCGCUUGACUGUGUGGGCGUUUCUGACUAAAUUGCUCGCAGAUUUCUUGGCUUUCAUUGGUUAACAACAACGGGGUCCGUGUGAACCGGGAGGAGGAGGAGGGGAAGGGGGGCGGGGGACUGUGGUCAAACCCACCGCGACCUAAACAGCUCCAGGAGGGAGAGGAGGGAGGAGAGCCGCAGCCCGCAGCAGCAGCAGCAGCAGCAGCAGCAGCGUCGCAGCCUGCCAGCCCCGCUUUCAGCCUGCAUGGGCUAGUCGUUUAGCUAGCUUAUUAGCAUCGCCCGACUACGCCGCACCGCCUCUCCUGCCGCCGAGGUUGUUAUCUCCGUGUUUUCCUCCCCAGUCCCGUCUCCCCCCCUGCCCGGCUCCAAGAUGAUGAAGUUUAGGUUUCGUCGGCAGGGCACCGACCCGCAGAGAGAGAAGAUAAAACAGGAGCUUUUCGCCUUCAACAAGACUGUGGAGCAUGGGUUCCCCCAUCAGCCCAGUGCUUUGGCCUUUGACCCCAAGCUGCAGCUUAUGGCCAUCGGCACAAAGUCAGGAGCCAUCAAAGUCUAUGGGGCGCCUGGUGUGGAGUUCACAGGACUACACAAAGACACCACUGCUGUCACACAGAUCCACUUCCUGCCUGGACAGGGUCGUCUGCUGUCACUGCUGGAUGACAACACGAUUCACCUUUGGGAGCUGGUGGCUGCGGCCCCCAGGGAAGUAGGAGGUGUUAAGAGAGAGGGUGUGAUCUGUCUACAGGAAGUGGGCAGCUACAGCCUCCCAGGAAGACCUGGCAUUGAGAGCUGCAGUGCCACUCGGGUGACAGUCCUCCUCUUGCUGAGGUCGUGCGACCUGCUCUGCAUUGGAACAGAGGGAGGGGGCGUGUACUUCCUGGAUCUGCCUCGCCUCUUGCUGAAGGACAACCAGACGCUGCUCCAAGAUCAGGUCACGCAGAGCCUGCCAGAAGACUACAGAUGUGGGAAAUCCUUAGGGCCGGUGGAAUCUCUUCAGGAACAUCCUCAGCAUGCAGGGAAGAUUCUGAUUGGCUACAGCCGAGGCCUGGUGGUCCUAUGGGAUCUGAGUACCCGUCAUGCCGAUCAGCUCUUCCUGGGAAAGCAGCAGCUGGAGAGCCUGGUGUGGGAACGUUCUGGAAACUUAUUUGUCAGUUCCCAUAGUGAUGGUGGCUACUCCGUGUGGGCUGUUACCAGCGGCAACGCCUAUAAUCACCAGCCAGUGUCCUCCACCAUCCCAUACGGCCCAUUUCCCUGUAAAGCCAUCAACAAAAUCCUGUGGAGGACAGCAGAGACAGGCUCACCAGUGCUGUUAUACAGCGGAGGGAUGCCCAGAGCCAGCUACGGUGACCGCCACUGUCUGACCAUUCAACAAGAUAAAGACCACGUCACUCUCGACUUCACAUCCCGAGUCAUCGACUUCUUUACUGUCCACAGCAUAGAGCAAGAGAAAGAGUUUGACGACCCGUCGGCGUUGGUAGUGUUACUAGAAGAGGAGCUGGUCGUUAUCGACCUCCAGACCCCCGGGUGGCCUUCUGUGCCCACUCCCUACCUGGCUCCUCUCCACUCCUCCGCCAUCACCUGCUCCUGCCACAUCUCCAGCGUCCCGCCCAAACUCUGGGAGAGGCUGGUCAACGCUGGUAAAGCACAGCAGGGCCGCCAACACACACACGGGAGUUGGCCCAUAUGUGGAGGGAAAAACCUGGCACCUCCACCCAAACAACAAGAGCUGCUAUUGACAGGACACGAGGAUGGCACUGUGCGUUUCUGGGAUGCGUCAGGUGUCGCUCUCACACCGCUAUACAAACUCAGCACAGCCAACGUCUUCCACACCGACUGCGACCCUAGCGACGACCCUCAGGACCCUAGCGACGACCCCGACAUGCAGCAGGAGGAGGAAUGGCCGCCCUUCAGGAAGGUGGGGUGUUUUGACCCAUAUAGUGAUGACCCCAGACUGGGCAUCCAGAAGAUCAGUCUGUGCAAAUACAGUAACAAGCUGGUGGUGGCUGGGACUGCUGGACAGGUGAUUGUGCUGGGUUUGAGCGACGAGCGUUCGGACCACUUGGUGGACGUAUCGGUGGUUGACCUGCUGCAGGACAGGGAGGGCUUCACCUGGAAGGGCCAUGACAGGCUGGAGCCGCGCCUUAAACCCGCCCCCUUCCCACCGGGCUUUCAGCCACUGGUGCUGGUGCAGUGCCUUCCACCUGCCUCUGUUACGGCGGUGGCGCUGCAUGCCGAGUGGAACCUGAUCUCCUUCGGGACCAGUCAUGGAUUUGGCCUGUUUGACUACCACAGACGAAACGCUGUGCUGGCCAGGUGUACCCUGCACCCUAAUGACUCCUUGGCAAUGGAGGGUCCCCUGUCCAGAGUCAAAUCCUUGAAAAAGUCCUUACGACAGAGCUUCAGACGCAUCCGCAAGAGCAGAGUGUCCGGGAAGAAACGCACCAUCACCACACCCACCAGCAAGGUCCAAGAGGCAAAUGCUGCUCUAGCAGAGCAGGAAGACGUGGCUCCGGUACAGCGAAGGAUUGAACCCCGGUCAGCAGACGACUCAUUGUCUGGAGUGGUCCGAUGUCUCUGUUUCGCUGACACCUUUCUGCGUGACGGUACGCACCACGGCCCCACACUAUGGGCGGGCACCAACUCUGGCAGCGUGUACGCCUACGCUCUGGAGGUGCCCGGCGUCGGCUCAGGGCGUGUGUGUGAACGGGGCGGUGCGGGAGAGAGCAGUGUAUGCGUGGAGGCGGUGUUGGGUAAAGAGAUCCAGCUGAUGCACAGGGCCCCCGUGGUGUCGAUCUGCGUGUUGGACGGCCGGGGGAAACCGUUACCGGACCCGUACGAAGCCUCGCAGGACCUCGCCAUCGCGCCGGAUAUGACCAACGCUCACUCUGUGCUCAUCGCCUCGGAGGAACAGCUCAAGGUGUUCUCUCUUCCCAAAGUGAGCGCUAAGACCAAGUUCAAGCUGACGGCGCAUGAAGGCUGUCGGGUGAGGAAGGUGGCUCUGGUGGUCUUCAACUCCACGGCUCAGGAAGACUACAGCGAACACACACUGGUCUGUCUGACCAACCUGGGUGACAUGCACCUCUUUAACAUACCUGGCCUCAGACCACAGGUGCGCUACGACUGCAUCCGUAAAGAAGACAUCAGUGGCAUUGCAUCCUGCGUCUUCACCAAGAAUGGACAAGGGUUCUACCUGAUCUCUCCUUCAGAGUACGAGAGAUUCUCCUUGUCUGCCAAAGUCCUCACUGAACCGCUCUGCUCUGUUCAGCUGGACCGACCACUAGAGCCCACACCGGCCAGUGAUGGCACGACGACGCAGCCGCAGGCCAACGGAACCCACAAGAACCAGAUGGGUCAGGCUGAGGGGCAAACGGAAGAGCCUGCGAGCACCCUGUCGUCUCCCAUCCUGGACACCCCGCUGGACUCCCCCCUCAGCUGCGCUGACCUCACCCUCGACUCCACCGGAGAACUCACCGUGGAGGACGUCAGGGAUUUCCUAACCACUGUGGACGAGGCAGAGAAUAACCUGAAGAACAUCAAAGAGGAGGAGGGACGCUCGACUGGCAUCCUCAUCAAUUGAAGAGUUUUACAGGGAGGGGCUCAAGUGGUCUGGAUGGACCGGAUUUCAGUGCUGGACCACAAACAUCUCCCAUCAGCCCACUGGACGAGCCCCCGGCGGGCACUCUGCGCUCUCAUGUUAGCCUGGCACAAACUGGGAGGAAAGUCUUCAUACGGACAAAGAAAAACAACGUUAAAGACUCUGGUUGUGGCUCCUCCCGCUUGGAAGAACUGAAUCCUCUUCUUUUAUAACCACUUUGGAAACAUGACAUCACCUCCCACACGGAGACACUGAACUCUCACACAGCACAGCGUGGCGGCUGGACGGACAUUCGAGGUGACGAUUCUGAUUUCAAGAACUAAAAGGCUGAAAUUUCCGUCACGGCUGUGUUGCUGUGACUGCACCUCCUGAGCCCUUCCCCCCCUCCCCCC